AUCUGAUGAUACAGAGGCUUUUUCCUCUGAACAUUUAGACAAAAAACAAAUACAUUUUGAGUCACUAAGUCAAAUUUGUCCUUUUGACAGUGUCUAGCGAUUCAUAUCUCAUAUAUUUGAUUUAUCAUAUAGUUAUUUCUAUUAUGUGCAGCAUUUAGUCUGUUUUGUCCGGACAGAAGAGGCAUGGAAGAAGAGAACACUUAGUCUUAAUAAUGAAGCAGUGUCUCUGCUGAGAUAGACUUUAUUAAGUAAAUGUGUAUUUUCUCUUUAAGAAUGAUUCUUUAUUGAAUAAAACGAGCACUGGAUGAUUCUCUGGCAUCAUUUCCUCAAAUCAAUAAUCGAUAAACAUGUUGGGAUCAGCUGCAGAUGAUGUGGAUCCAACUCCUCCUGUGUAAAGCCUGUCUCUUUAACUGAGGUAUUCUCAGGACGGGGAGGGAGGGGGGACUGGGUUCAUCGGGUUCAUGUAGUAUUGGACGCCUCCUCCCAUUUCAGGUUGGCUGCUUCCCUGGCUCCUCGGCGCACGGGGCGGCUGUAAGGCUCAUAGGUGAUGGAGGACGGCGGUGAAGUUUGCGGAGGAAACGACUGAAUAGUGGAGCUUGACCUUUAUUCGGGACGCAGAGGCUCGAUCAGCUGAUGAACAGAACUAGCUGCCAUUUUCAGGUCAUUCGAGGCGUCGGGCUGAGCUGAGCGGCUCCUGCCGGGUGCAUGAAUAAACCCGCUUCAUUCGUCUGAGAGUCGCCCACUGGGAUGGGGGAUCGCUUUGUCCUGGUCUGUCUGCUGGAGGAACAUAAACCAUGAUGGCUGAUGGAUGUUGCAGAGGGAUGGACAGAGGCAGGGGGAAGAUUGCAUCAGACUCUCUGCCGAGACCCACAUAUCCCCAGCAGUACGUCCAGAGCGGGUCGCAGCAGCAGCAGCAGCAGCAGCAGCAGCAGCAGCAGCAGGGCAAUGACAUCCAGGAGUUAGCUUCCAAACGCGUCGACAUCCAGAAGAAACGCUUCUACCUGGACGUGAAGCAGAGCGUCCGCGGACGCUUCCUCAAAAUCGCCGAGGUGUGGAUCGGGAGAGGCCGCCACGACAACAUCAGGAAGAGCAAGCUGACGCUGUCCAUGUCCAUGGCCCCAGCGCUUCGCUACUGCCUGGGAGACUUUAUAGAUUAUUACGCCCGGAUCGGGCUGCGGGGGGGCCUCGCGCCGCCGCAGCUCGAGGAGCACAGCAACAACGGCCAGGGCCGCGCGCACGAGUCCCGCAGGAGAGCGCAGGAGCAGCACGCGGCGCUGUCUCCCACCGGAUCCGCGGUGUCCGACGACCAUGCCCACCGCGUCCUCAAGAGCGAGUUCAUCGAGAGGGACAACAGAAAGUACUUCCUGGACCUGAAGGAGAACCAGAGAGGCCGGUUCCUCCGCAUCCGGCAGACUGUCAGUAAAGGACACGGCACCAUGGGCUACUACGGCCAGGGUAUCGAGCAGACCAUCGUGCUGCCCGCGCAAGGGCUCAUCGAGUUCAGAGACGCGCUGUCGCAGCUCAUCGAAGACUACGGCGACGAGGACAGCGACGACCGCGGCCGAGCCGGGUCUAGGAACCACGACGACAGCCCCGAGCUGCCGGAGGCCGCGUCCUUUCGCGUGGACAACAAGAGGUUUUACUUCGACGUCGGCUCCAACCGGUACGGUAUCUUUUUAAAAAUCAGCGAGGUGCGGCAGCCGUACAGAAACACCAUCACGGUCCCGCUCAAAGCCUGGGCCCGGUUCGGAGAGAACUUCAUCCGGUACGAGGAGGAGAUGCGACGGAUUUUCUCGUGUCACAAAGAGAAGAGGACAGACGGCCGUCAGGACAGCGAGGAGCAGGACUGACCUUCACAGGAGGCGGUCUGUGAUGGUCCCGGGGUCCGUGUCCUACCUUGACUUUGUGGCUCAUCUGCCAAGGGCUGGUAACGACUCAUCAACCUGCCAAGAAGUCAUUCACUCAUUAGCCUGAUGCUACAUCAUGUCUCAGUGCUGGG